AUGGAGCCGGUCAUGGUGCCGGCGCUGCGCUCGGUGCUGGCUGUCAGCGGGCAGAGCUGUGAGCUGAGCCUGGACUCGGAGCGGCUGGCCUGGCGGGAGCUGAGACCCAGGAGAGACCGGAGCCGCCGGACUGGUGAGUGACCCCCCGGGGCAUCAUGGGAGAGGGCAUCAUGGGAGAGGGCAGCCUGGGAGAGGGCACCAUGGGAGAGGGCACCAUGGGAGAGGGCACCAUGGGAGAGGGCAUCAUGGGAGAGGGCAUCAUGGGGGAGAGGGCAGCCUGGGAGCACCAUGGGAGAGGGCACCAUGGGAGAGGGCAGCCUGGCACCAUGGGAGAGGGCAUCAUGGGAGAGGGCAGCCUGGCACCAUGGGAGAGGGCAGCCUGGGAGCACCAUGGGAGAGGGCACCAUGGGAGAGGGCACCAUGGGAGAGGGCAGCCUGGGAGCACCAUGGGAGAGGGCACCAUGGGAGAGGGCACCAUGGGAGAGGCAUCAUGGGAGGGCAUCAAGUGGGAGGGCAGCCUGGGAGAGGGCAGCCUGGGAGCACCAUGGAGAGGGCACCAUGGGAGAAAAGGCCUGGCACCAAGGAGGGCAGCCUGGGAGCAACGGGAGAGGGCAGCCUGGGAGAGGGCACCAUGGGAGAGGGCAUGGGAGAGGGCAGCAGCCUGGCACCAUGGGGAGGGCAGCUGGGAGAGGCACCAUGGGAGAGGGCAGCCUGGCACUGAUGGGAGAGUGGGCAGCCUGGCACCAUGGGAGGGCAGCCUGAGAGGGCACCAUGGGAGAGGGCAGCCUGGCACCAUGGGAGAGGGCACCAUGGGAGAGGGCAGCCUGGCACCAUGGGAGAGGGCACCAUGGGAGAGGGCAGCCUGGCACCAUGGGAGAGGGCAGCCUGGCACCGCCAAGAGGGCAGCCUGGGAGAGGGCACCAUGGGAGCCCUGGCACCAUGGGAGAGGGCAGCCCGGGAGAGGGCAGCCUGGGGAGGGCACCAUGGGAGAGGGCAGCCUGGCACCAUGGGGAGAGUGGCAGCCUGAGAGGCAGCCCGGGAGAGGGCACCAUGGGAGAGGGGCAGCCUGGCACCAUGGGAGAGGGCACUGGGAGAGGGCAGCCUGGCACCAUGGGAGAGGGCAGCCUGGGAGAGGGCAGCCUGGGAUAGGGCAGCCUGGCACCAUGGGAGAGGGCAGCCUGGGAGAGGGCAGCCUGGGAGAGGGCACCAUGGGAGAGGGCAGCCUGGCACCAUGGGAGAGGGCAGCCUGGGAGAGGGCAGCCUGGGAGAGGGCAGCCUGGCACCAUGGGGGAGGGCAGCCUGGGAGAGGGCAGCCUGGGGCACCAUGGGAGAGGGCAGCCUGGGGCACCAUGUACAUUGCGUAAGGUUGUGAAACUCUCUAGUAUAGAAGUUUAUUCAGCAACAGCAAGUUUAUGUAUUCUUGGAAGAGAAUUGCAAGCUUUAGACAUCAAAAAGAAGAGUUGGUGGGAAAAGUCAAACUUUUCACUAUUUUAUCACUUUUGCAUGAAGUUUCUACAGCCCACAGUUUAGUUGCCCACAUCAUUUUAGGAUCAGGACCCCCAUGCUAAUGAGUUAAAAUUACAUACGCUACUCUUUGAUUUGUUAUUGUUUGGUUUGUGAAUGAUAAAUGGCUUUGUUUACACAACAAAUGUUUAUUUUAUCUGUAUGUUAGUAUUUGUUUAUUUAUACAACAAUUGGUUGUUCUAAAUAGAAAAUUGAAUUUUGCAAAACAAAGGCCAAACUAGCGCAGUGUUUGAUAAGCAAGCAUCAUAUGGAAUCUUGGCAUUGUCCAAGAGUGUUUUAAUGUAUAAUUUACACAGAAGUAAACAUUGGUGUAUGUAAAGGAAAACACUGACCCCCCAUAAUGCCGUUAUGUAACUUGUAUUUAUACAAGGAGACUUUGCAUUAUGGUUCGUGUUAAUGUCAGGCUAAGUUUAGAACAGAUUUAAAUUAACACUGCGCAGAUUUAGUCAGUAAACUCUGAAUUGUCACAGAUUGUAGAAGAGGUUUUCCAAAUCAGCUUUUUUGGCCUAUUUUAUAGCGGAUGGCAUGUCCAUGGCUGUGUUUUCUUUUACGAAACAUAGACCCCGGGCACUUAAACGCUAUGUAACUUAUUCAGAUGUACUUGUAUGCACGGUUGAACAAAAAAGAAAAGUUCAACUAAUUACAGUACAUUUAAAGCUCAACAGUUCUCAAAACCAUAUUACUGUAGCAGCAUGUUCAGGCUAUCUGUAAAACAGAAUUAUCCAGGAUGACCUUGUGUAGUUUACUGGAAACAGAUACAGUUCUGUAACUCCUGAGACUUGAUUUUAGAAAGACACGCAGGCUCAUAUUAUAAUUCAGUUUUUUUUUUUUUUUUUUAUUCCCUCAGCAGGUAAGAGAGAAACAUGUUUAAACUUUAAAUAUAACAAAUUUGGCAUGCAAAUAGUUAACAUCUUUUACAGCUACCCUUAUCUCUUGUAUCUCAGGUUACCUCAAUUAGUACAUGUUAUCACUCAAUGGAUAAGCUUGAGUAUACAAACAUUGGUCAGAUGGUAAUGAAAUAAUUACUCCAACCAAAAACAGUGUUUCGAGUUUGUAUGUACAGUGAAAACCUAUGAGUAUAAACACCAUGACAAAGCAUGGACAUGUUUUGGGGUAACCUUUUAAAGUGCUUUAAGGGUUAUCAGAAUGUCCCCUUUGUCUUAUUUUAUAAAAGUGUUUUUGUCCCUGUGGUAACACCUUUCUCACUUGCUUUGAAUGUUUGAAGUUGAAGUGAGCACUGUUUCGGUGUUUCUCGGUGAACGGUUCAUGGCAAUUGCUGCGCAUGUGCCCUGUGUCCCAAUGCUUCUGUGAGAGACAUUGGGUUAGUCCGAAAUCAUCACAUUGUGCGUCUGCAAUAAGAUCUAUGGAGGAUUCUGCAGGCAGCUUAUUUGGAAUCUGCCUUGUGCCAGUUGCCACCUCAUCUGGAGCCUGGAAGCUCCUGCAAGGAGCUUACAUUAGUUACACUGAAAUAAGUUCUACAUGAACUAGCAGGUGGUAGGUUCCUGGUUAAUAGUUAAAGGGAAAAAUGAAAAUCCAGCGCACUCCCUUAUCUGCUAAACAGCUAUUUAGCUAGUUUUAUUAUUAAAAACUCCUAAUCUAGGCAAAAAAACAAUGGGGGUUUAGUUACAUUAUAGCUCAUUUAGUAGACAGUUGACUGUGUUAGAGUAGGACCUGCCAAAUAUGGGGUACAUUGACAUUGUGGCAGGGUAUGCAAUGUAUGAUCAUAUAAUGUAACUAACCCCCCAUUAUUUUUUAGGCGUUUUUAAUAAAACUAGCAAAAUAGCGGUUUAGCAGAUAAGGGAGUGCGCUGGAUUUUCAUUUUUACUGUACUGAUUGGCCCCCCAGCAGCACCCCAUUCAAGCAUGAGUAGAUGAGUGCAGCCAGCUCCUUGUUUUCUCGACUAGUUAAAGGGAAACUGUAGUGCUAGGAAUACAAAGUUGUAUAACUAGCACUAUACUACCCUCUGCCACCCCUCCCUGCAGCCAAGAAGGGGUUAAAACACUCUUGUCACUUACGUGAUUCCAGCGCUGCUAUCCCUCAGCGAUGGAUCAGGCUCCGUCUCCACUCCUCUACCUCUGACAUCAGCCAAUGACGGUACUUAAUGCACAUGGACGGUGAUUGCCCCAAUCACAUUAGGACUAUCCCAUAGGAAAGCAUUGAAUCAAUGAUUUCCUGUGGGGUUUUAGCGGACGCUAAAUGUCCGCAUGCAAAGCGUGAGGAUGUCCAGUAUCAAGCUAUGGACAAGGAAAGUGCCUCUAGUGGUUCAAUCCACCAACAUUACUUCUCAUAGAGUAACACUGAAACCAAUGUUUCUCUAUCAGAAAUGCUGUCUUCCGUUUUGAACUACAGCAUGGAGUGAGGAAGGAAACCCUUCCAGCUGUCUACUUGUCUGAUACUAUAUCGAAUGUUAAAAUCUUCUCUUAAAAUUUUAAAUGAUCAAAUAAGCCUGCAGGGACAGGCAACGAUCACCUAAAGCACUUUCUGCAGCAAUAUUUAGAAUGCUUUUCUAAGAUGUAGUAGUUUUGGUGCGAAUAGUGUCUCUUUACGUGUUAAUACUUCUAGCCGAGACAGAGUACAAACGAGGACCUUUGUAUAUAAAUAAACCAGGGACGUAUGUAGCAUUCUAAACAACUAAAAAGUAGCUUCUAAAAUGUCCUGUCCUCUAAAUUCAUAGCAAGUGACGGUUAAAGGGUUAUUAACUAAAAUCAGAAUUUGGAAGGUGAAUUAGAAUUUUAUGGUCAAAGUAGUUAAAACUGGAAGCAUAGUGGACUUAAAGAAUCUUUCCAAUUCACCUAUUUUGGCCUUAAAUUUGUAAUUCACUUUACACAUUCUCACUUUAGCCUCUCUUUCUGUAAAAUCAGCAGUAUUUUUUUUUUUUUUUUUAGAUUGUUCAACUGUUUGCCUGAAAGUCUGACUCUGCAUUUUUGUUUUGUUUCCUCUGCUUAUCAGCUGUUGCAAUAAAAACAAUUGUGUUAGUGGCAUAUGUGCAAUAGAAACCGUGAUUCCUUAGAGCUAUUUAACCAGUUAACGCAAUGUACCGCUGUAUCAGGCUGAACCACAUGCUGCUGUCAAACUUGUGAUAAAGUGAAAGGGGCAGUGGUUUGUUGUGAUAAUGAUGCUAGAAAGCUGUCCUUGUCCUUUUUAAAUCCUCCUCAUAUUUGUGAUUUACCUCUUCAGUCUCAUGUCAGGUCAUAUGCGUACCUGUAGCAUACUUGUUCAAUAUAAGAUGGGGAAACACAUUGGGAAGGAUCUUAGGAUCUUAAGAGUCAGUCUUUGUCUGAUCUUUAUAUGACCUGCUGAUAACUAUAAAGCUCCACAAUCAAUCAAUACUUCACACACUUGUGAAUCACCCAAAAUGUAAUUAUUUGCAUGCCUGCUUCAUUUGAAAACUACCUGGUUUGUUGUAUAGAUCUCCCCUACUAACGCUUGUUACGAGCAUGAUUUAUGUGUUAUCUUAAAAAAAAAGCUAUUUAUUU